AUGCGUAAGAAUUUGGAGGAAACAUGGGAAAAAUUAAAGGAGUGGUUAACGAAGCAGGAGGCAAAUGAAAUAGCGAAUUUCUGCAGCAAGGAUACCGUGGAAUGGCCGGGAGGGCCGAAGUCGCCGUUCUGGCCGCCAUAUAUGGAAUUGUUAUGUAACGCUGUAUUAGAAAUAAAAUAUUUCAUGAGUGGAAUAGAGACAGCGAGGGUAAAGGUUCACGGCGAAGGAACGUCGGACGAUGUGGACCCUGUCUAUGAAUCUGUUGCGGGCGCUGAUGCCUAUCGUCGCUGUAUUGUUGGCACUGUUGCCUUGUCUACAAUUUAUGGAGAUCAUUGUAAACUGACAGAAGUUGUAGAGAAGAUUGAAAAGGAAAUAAUGGUAAAAGUGAGGAAGAAGCAUGGGGACCAGAAGGUAAGGUUCAACAACUGCGAAGGAAUGGACCUCAAUGCUUUACUCCUGGGUAAAUCAGUUCUCCAUAAUACAAUCAAGGAGUGGGUUAGUGGAGAUAGGGGGAAGGGAUGGCAGGGAAAGUGGAGGGUGGGGGGGCAGCUGUGGAGCAGGAUGAUACAGCGCUGCUAUAAGGGAAACCGGGCCGUAGGAAAACCGGAUCACGAGGCAACGCGAAAAGAAAAUUUACAGAAGAAUAAAGACAGUAUGGUAUUCUUCUCACGAAUGAAGGAAAAUGACAACACUCAAAAUAAUAUUGGUGGUGCGAACAUGGGGGACAUUCUAACAGGAGAUCAGUUCAUUUUGGAGCAGGACAAAUUGGACAGCAUCUUUUCGAAUCUAACACUGGAUAAAGAUGGUAAAAUUGACGUAAGUUCCUUGACGCAGAAGAUAAAGGACGCAACUAAAGAAAAACUGACUCAGGAGUGCAUGAAAGACAGCAGCAAGGAAUUUUGCGUGCGCUUGGAAUGUGCACAACAACAUUGGAAUUUGACGAAGGAGAAGAGCAACACCGAGAAUAAAUAA